AUGCCAGAACACCGCCCUGGGAUCACCGUCACGAAGCGCACCGGUCGUUCUAUAUGCAUGCUUAUAGUGCAUAGUUGUGUCAAGCCAUUCAACUCGCAGCUUACCAAGGUUCGGAAAGAAUAUCCCGCCGGGUCCAAUCAGCUGGAAGUGCCAAAGAAGGUGCGGAAGAAGUGCGACGUCCGGGAGCGCAUGAUCGAAGGGAUCCGCGUUUACGACAUAAUACCGCGAAAUGCAGAGGGACGACCUGUCCCGACCGAGAAGAAAGGGCGGAAGAGGGUGUACUGGUUCGCGGGUGGAGGAUGGCAGAUGCCGCCAUCAUCUGAGCAUUGGGCGCUGUUUGAAGCGAUAGCCAGGCGAUUGCCGGACACCACGUUCAGCGCCGUCAGCUACCCUCUCGCGCCAAACAGCGCAGCACCAGUAGCUUUGCCCGAACUGUCAAGGUUCUACCGCCGCCUACUGCAAGAUGCAGAAGAAGCGGGGGACAAGGUUAUCCUAGGAGGUGACUCGGCAGGCGGCAACAUCAUGCUCUCCCUCACCCUUUGCGCGUUGCAUGAAGAUCCCGACUCGCCAUGUCCUUCGGCCCUAAUGGCACUCUCGCCGUCCACUGACCUUACCCGCUCCAAUCCCGAUAUCGAGGCUUACGCUGAACACGAUCCCAUCCUCACCGUUCCAUUCAUCAAAAGUACUGCGAAAGCUUGGCGACAGGACAUGGACGCCACCGACCCGCGUGUCUCACCGUUAUACCAGGACGUCACGCCGUUAGCCAGAAGAGGCGUGCGCGUGCACGGUCUUACUGGAGGCUACGACAUGCUUACACCCGAUGCUAUUCGGUUCCGGGAGAAGUGCACGGAAGCCGGUGUGGCGGGCGAGUGGCUGCACUGGGAGAAGCAGAUGCAUGUCUUCCCGCUGCUGUGCGGCUUCGGCUUGCCCGAAGGCAAAGCAGGUAUGGAGUGGGUUGUCGACGUACUCAAGCGAUGCUAG